AUGUCUUCCCCUUUGGCAGUAACUCUACCAACUGGUGCAACAUUAUGGCUCUUGAAUUUAGGGACUGUCGACCUAGACGCGGCAAAUUUGUUGGCCGGGGAGAACCAAUUCCCUGUGGACCUUCCACCACAGCUACAUCAGCGACGGGAUUUAAUUAUGGUGGCGGCAUUGAUCUCUCACCCCGACGUAGGUCUUACUCUUUUUGACACUGGCUCAAGAGCUGGGGCGGUCAAGCGUUAG